CGGUCCCAGAGUGGCAGCAAUGAGGACAGGGGACACUGAGCUGUGUUUGGGUGACGCAGGGCAGGGGCCAGGCCUGGCUGCCCCCCCAGACACCCCGGCUCUCUCCUCCCUGAUGCGGGGGCAGCACCUUCCUCCUCCUCCUUCUCCUUUUCUUCCUCCUCCUCCUGCUGCUGCUGCUGCUCCUGCUCGGCUCCUCUCCCCAUGGGCCCCGCGGAGGCUCCCAUGGGGCGCCCAGGUCCCCUCAACCUGACCUGCGUGUCCUACAAGCACCCGAGCGUGCGGGGCGCGCUGGGGGGCGCGGGGGGCGCGGCGGGCGCCGUGCGCUGCCCCCCCGGGCAGUGCUGCGUCGGCAUCUGGAACCGCAGCCACGCUCUGGUGCAGGGCUGCUGGGGAGGCCGGGGGGACGCGUGUCCCUCGGCCACGUGCGCGCCCAGCCCCGCGGGACACCCCGGCAGCUCCGUGCUGCUGUGCCUGUGCCACGGCCACCUCUGCAACGGCAACGCCACCGGCACCGCGGCGGGCACCGGCACGGCUGGGGGGCUCGGGGGGCCCCGCCAGGGCCCAGUGCCCGGCCGGGGGGGCUCCGCGGGGACCCUGUGGCUGCUGGGUGCCAGCCCCCUCCUCCUCAUCCUCCUCACCUGUCUGGGCGUCCUCGGACUGCGCUGGACAAGGGCCCGCACGGGGCAGCCACCGCGGGGGGGGCAGAGAAUCGGGGUCCCCCCGGAGCCCCCCAGCCCGGACCUGCCUGCGCUGCACUUCCUGCAGGUGCUGCAGUCGGGGCGCUUCUCGGCCGUGUGGCGGGGCACGCUGCGCCAGCGGCCCGUGGCCAUCAAGGCGUUCGCGGCCGGGGCCGGCAGCCGGUUCGCGGCCGAGCGCGCCGUGCACUCGCUGCCGCUGAUGGAGCACGAGAACGUGGCCAGGCUGCUGCACACCCGCGCGGCCGGGCCCCGCGGCCGCGGGGGGCUCCUGGUGCUGCAGCUCUACCCGGCCGGCUCCCUGCGCCACUUCCUGGGCCAGCACGUGGGGACGUGGGCGGGCAGCGUGCGCCUGGCGCUGUCCCUGGCCCGCGGCCCUGUCUUCCUGCACCGGCCUGUGUGGCCCGACGGGCUGUACAAGCCCAGCGUGGUGCACCGGGACCUGAGCAGCCAGAACGUGCUGGUGCGGGAGGACGGCACCUGCGCCAUCGGCGACUUCGGGCUGGCGCUGGCGCUGCCGCCGCGCGCCCAGGACAGCGCCGGCUCCCGGCACGCAGUGGCCAUCCGCAAGGCGGGCACCCAGCGGUACCUGGCACCCGAGAUCCUGGACGAGAGCCUGGACCUGCGGGCCUGGGGCCGGGCGCUGCGCCAGGCCGACGUCUACGCGCUGGGCCUGCUGCUCUGGGAGAUCCUGUCCCGCUGCCAGGCGCUGAGCCCCGCCCGGGGGGGCUCUGCCGGAGCUGCUGGAGGAUUGCUGGGACCCGGACCCCGAGGCGCGGCUCUCGGCCGAGCGGGCGCUGCAGCGGCUCCAGCGCUUGGCCGCGGGGCCCGCACCGGCCCCGGGGGACCCCGGCCCGGGGACCGCCCCCCGCCAGGUGCGUGCGGGGAAACUGAGGCACGGGGCGGGCAGGGGGAUACAGGGAACCCACUGGGGACAUGCGGAGAUACUGAGGCACGGGGCGGGCAGGGGGAUACAGGGAACCCACUGGGGACAUGCGGGGAAACUGAGGCACGGGGCGGGCAGGGGGAUACAGGGAACCCACUGGGGACAUGCGGGGAAACUGAGGCACGGGGCGGGCAGGGGGAUACAGGGAACCCACUGGGGACAUGCGGGGAACGCAGCCCCCCCACCCGGGGGUGCUCCCCCAGCCGGGGGUGCUGCCCUCGUUCCCCCCCGCGCUGGACAAGAAGGCGGCGAAGAAGAUGA